CGGUGAGUCAUCUGACAGCUGCUGCUCUGUAAUAGAUGCACUUGUUGAAUCAGGUCCCAUUCAACUGGGGGGCACAGGUUGUGUGCUAAGUCAUCUUAAAUCUUUGACGAGUCCCUCAUAAAUGAAAACACACUAAAGGAACGACUGGACUAGAACGAUUUUAUAACCUCACAUCACCGCGAGCUGCAUUGCCAGCAGGUUAGGUGUUUUGAUGUCUGCACAGCGAUUGUCUCUCUGGUCAUGUGUGCGUACUGCUCUGAGCUGCGGGGCUCUCAUGCUGGCAGCUCUGCCAGACUUCACAACCGGCAAGAACUGCUCUCACCCCCUCGUACCCGAGCAUGGAGGUUUCCGCUGUGAACCCUCUCCCUGUCGUGGUUUCCCUCAAAAAAGCAUCAUUAGCUUUUUCUGCGAGACCGGCUACAUUCUACCCAAACGCCACCAUCGGUCAAAGUGUCAGCAUGGAGAGUGGCGUCCCGCAAUACCCGACUGCAUGCCCCUAUCAGAGGGUCAAGCUGAACAGAGAGAAAACACUGUCAACUCUAUUCCAAGUGUGGGUACUACUGCUAUUGGAGUGUCCAUCUUCCUUCUCACCACAACAGCCUGUUUGGUCAUCAAAUCCCGUCUAUUCUCCUGUCGAAACCAACGGCGUUCCUCGGAUCAGUUGGACCUUGUUGUAGAUGGCUUACCUGUGUCUCUUCCCACGUAUGAAGAGGCAAUCUACAGCAGUUGGGGCCAGCGACUCCCGCCUUUCCGUGGACCCACUCAGCUCCUGCUGACCCAGGAUGCAUCAGAACACAGUCCGCUGACUUCACUCAUCUGCCCCGAUUCCAAUCACUGCACCGACGCAGCCAAUCAGAGCACAGAGACUGCACCGCCUCCUUACGAAGAGGUCCAAUCACGAUCCAGAGACACUGAGAACGACAGUGGCGAACGGGCUUUGCAAAGUGCACUUUCUGUUGAUAAAAACAACUAAUUACUGGACGUUAAUAUACUCACCCUGAGCUUUCUGAUUGUUCGUUUUCUUGCACAGGAGUCCAUGUGACUUUUAUUUCUGCAUUUGAUUGUGGAUUCAUCCAUUUUGGCUUAAAUUCCAGUGAAGAACUGGUUUAGAUGUUUCGCAAUGACUUCAUUGGUCAGACACAUUUUGUGUUCCUUGGUAACGUGCUGUAAUAUUGAUUAUGUCAAUGUUUUCAGUGACCAGCUGGAGACAUGGUUUCCGUUUCUCCUCCAUGAGGGGAUUUUUAUGAUUACUAUAUGAAUUUUGAUGUAGGUGUUGCAAUCAUUUCUGUAAAAAUGAAAUGUUGUGUAGUUACAUUUUCAGAGUUAUGACUUAAGAUUAGCAUGGAAAUAAUAUGAUUUCACCUCAUUCAGUAUUUCUCAGAGCAAUUAGAUUGACUGAAUCAAAAAGCUGGAUCUGGAUUGUGCCUGUUGACUGAUGGAUGUAGUACAUAUGAUUUUAUUAUAAUUCCUUCCACCUGAACAGAUUUAUAUAUUGUUAAAUAUGGCGUUAACAUAUUGAACAGGGGAACUGACUUGAAGUAUGCUUGCUGAAUGGGCUUUGAAUGUUUCGUGUGGUUUUAUUUGUUAAUCAUUUUAUGAUAUGUAACAUUUACAUCAUUUACAUCGUGUAUAUAAUUCUGCACAAAUAGUAUAUGUAAAGGUAAUAAUAAUAAUACAUUUGUAACUUUAUGAAUGGAAUACUUGCUAUUAAAGAGGAUUUUAAAUCUU